GACAUUGUAGAACACUGAAGGAAAAUGAAGUAUGCAAAGUUUACACAUUAAUCUACAUUAACUCUUCUUCCAACCUGUGAAGUAAAGUGACUGUGUUUGACACAGAGAAGGUGGAGUCUAUAAUAAUAAUUUCUUUAAUGGGAUUUGCAGACAGUUGGGGUGGGAGGUGUGUCCUCCUCUAUACUACCUUCCCAGAGUGCAGUGUCUUUUAGGGCACAUUCCCACAUAUUCACUCACCUAAAAGGUGUUUUGCCUGACUUGUUCAGCUGUUUAUUUCAAAAUUGCUUAGAUGUUGCUUUCCAGAGGAAUUCAGAGAUACAUAAGGAGGAUGAUUACUUCUAAAUUCUAGACUUCAGAAACUAAAUACUAGAAGCCUAGGACGUAGAUGCUGUAUGAAUUCUUCAAUGCUGUACAGGGUCUUUGUGAGGGGUAAGGUUGCUGGUGAGCUACUUCUAAAUCAGACACACCUUUGGGUUGGGCUAUUUUGGAAACUAAGUACUUAAUGAGGCUAAGGGUAUGGUCUGCUAGGGGCAAGUGGUUUUGUUUUGUGGUUUUAUAUGUGCUUUGAUCAACUAAUGCAGCUGACAGACACUCUGCUCUGUAAGUAACAGACUGGAGGUGGAGGAGUGGUGACCUGUAGUGAGCCUUCCCUUACUUUUUUCAAAGUGGGGAUUGCUGGCUUUCAGGCAGCUAGGCAAAAGAGAAAAAGGACGCGCCAUGGGGGUACCUUUAUUUGGGGAUAGCAAGCCCUUCUAUUUCCGGAUCUGGAAUGGAAUAAGUCAGAAGUUGCAAGGCAAAAAAUCCUGGGAUAAACAUCUGGAUGAAAUCUACUUACUCCAGCAGAAAAGGAUAUGGGAAUCCCCACUCCUCCAGGCUGCCAAAGAGAACAACCUCCCAGCCAUUAGGAAACUUCUCACUGAUGGAUCAUGUGAUAUCUAUCAGAGAGGUGCGGUGGGGGAGACCGCCCUUCAUGUUGCUGCCUUGUAUGGUAACGUAGAGGCCGCAGUGACUCUGAUGGAAGCAGCUCCUGAGCUUGUCAAUGAGACAGUGACAUCAGAGCUCUAUGAAGGGCAGACAGCUCUCCACAUUGCAGCAGUGAACCAGAACAUCCCUUUGGUGAAGGCUUUACUCAAGAGAGGGGCCAAUGCCUGCACAGCACAGGCCACAGGGCACUUCUUCAGGCGCAGCUCCCAGAAUCUUCUCUAUUUUGGAGAGCAUGUUUUAUCAUUUGCUGCCUGUGUGGGAAAUGAGGAAAUUGUACAGUUGCUCAUUGAAAAUGGAGCUGACAUUAGAGCUCAAGAUUAUCUGGGUAACACUGUUCUUCACAUCCUGGUUCUCCAACCUAAUAAAUCGUUUGCCUGCCACAUGUACAGCCUGAUACUUUCCUAUGACAGGAACAAAGAGGGACCAGGAUCACUUGAAUUGAUUCCUAACAAUGAGGGGCUUACUCCAUUCAAACUGGCUGGAGUUGAGGGCAACACUGUGAUGUUUCAGUACCUUAUGCAGAAGCGGAAGCACAGUCUCUGGACCUUUGGCCCCUUGACCACUGUGCUCUAUGAUCUCACAGAGAUUGACUCCUGGGCUGAAGAUCAGUCGUUCCUUGAGCUCAUUGUCUCAACCAAGAAGAGAGAGGCACGCCAGAUCUUGGACCUAACACCUGUGAAGGAGCUGGUGAGCCUGAAGUGGAAUAUGUAUGGUCGUCCCUAUUUCUGUUUCCUGGCUUUAUUCUAUAUACUCUACAUGGUCUGCUUCACUAUGUGCUGUGUCUACCGACCACUGAAACUGCGAACAGGCAACAAAACAAGCAGCAGAGACAAUACAAUCUAUGUCCAGAAAAUGCUGCAGGAAUCGUAUAUGACAUAUGAGGAUGAGCUGAGGCUGGUGGGGGAGCUGAUCACAAUCAUUGGAGCUGUAGUGAUUUUGAUACUUGAGAUCCCAGAUAUCCUUAGAGUUGGAGCAGCAAAAUACUUUGGACAGACCAUCCUAGGAGGGCCUUUUCACAUAAUUGUCAUCACAUAUGCUUGCAUGAUUCUAGUAACCAUGGUGAUGCGUCUCACCAGCACAACUGGUGAGGUGGUGCCCAUGUCCUUUGCCCUGGUGCUAGGAUGGUGCAACGUCAUGUACUUCGCACGAGGCUUCCAGAUGCUCGGACCCUUUACCAUCAUGAUCCAGAAGAUGAUAUUUGGAGAUCUUAUGCGCUUUUGCUGGCUCAUGGCUGUGGUGAUACUAGGCUUUGCAUCAGCUUUUUACAUCAUCUUCCAGACAGAGAACCCUGAAAACCUUGGGCAGUUCUACAACUAUCCCAUGUCCUUGUUCACCACCUUUGAACUGUUCCUCACUAUCAUUGACGGCCCUGCAAACUAUGAUGUGGACCUGCCCUUUAUGUACAGUGUGGUAUAUUUUGCCUUCGCCAUCAUUGCCACCCUUCUUAUGCUCAACUUGUUAAUUGCCAUGAUGGGUGACACUCACUGGAGAGUGGCUCAUGAACGGGAUGAGCUCUGGAGAGCCCAGGUUGUCGCUACUACUGUCAUGCUGGAGCGGAAACUGCCACGGUGUCUUUGGCCUCGCUCUGGAAUUUGUGGGCGGGAGUAUGGGCUAGGGGACCGAUGGUAUCUCAGAGUUGAAGACAGGGUUGAUCCCAACAAACACAAGAUGAUGCGAUACACAGAAGCUUUUAAGGCUCAGGACAGGGAUAACUAUGACAAAGGUCUAGAAAAGCUGGAAAUCAAUAGGAACAUCCUGGACAACAAGAAACCGUCUGCUCUGUCAUUGUCACGGAGCAUAUCAAGGACUAGUUCUCACCAUGGCUGGGAGAUCCUGAGGCGCAACACCUUCCACCAACUUCGUGGAGAGGUUGGUCAUGCCCUGGAAGAGGAGGUCUAUGAUGUCUAAGAAGCCUGUUUUUUUACUCCACAGCAUGGAUUGCUUUUGCCACAGCGGUUGUCUUCUCCAACUUAUCAUACACACUGCAGCAUGCUACACACAUUUGUCAGCCUUGAAGAACUCUGCUGAUGAACAGUUCAUGAACAGUUCAUGGCAUCUAUGCUAUGAUAGAUGAAUGCAGUCUUUUCUCUCCUACUUUUAAGUGUCCCUGCUGUUGCACUAAUACUUGCACCAAGCUGGUGGGCUUGUUGAUCUAAGGCCUGUGGUGGUUUGUUAUGCUUUGUAAUGUCCUACAGAAAUGAGCAAAAGACAGCAAUGGAAUUUCAUCCAUUUACAAAGAAGUGAGCAGUAAGCCCUCUCCCAGACUGUACAUACAAUAUAAUCUCUCCCUCCAGUUCCACAAAAUCCCAACGCUCUCAUAGCAAAGAGAAGACAGUGAAGCUCUUGGUUUAUGAACGAAAUAAAAACUACCCUGUAACUAAGCUCAGGAAUUAAGGUAGUUGCUGACACUUUUAUGAUUAAAAGGACUGUAACUACUCAGCUAGCAUUCAGAGCCUGAGAGAUUUAGCCCUCUGAAGAAAGGCAGUCUCUAUUAGCUGCAUUUCAACAUUGCUAUCCUGGCAGGACUGUUUUGGUUUUGGUUUGGACUGGUUUUGCUUUGAUUGAAGUUUUUUGGUGGGGGGGUUUUUUGGUGAUGGGUGUGGUUUUUUGUUUGUUUGUUUUAUUAUAUUGUCACAUGAAUGCACUUUAAGCUUUUGAAAAGAAGUGGUUGCUAUUCCUGAGAGGAUUCUCAAGGCUCUGAAGUGGGAACUUUUUUUCCUGAUGAGAGCAUGUAUGACCUCAUUAGGUGACUUUCAGCAGUGUGGAAUUUCAGCAGAGCUAUUAAUGUCCCAAGUGAGCUGAAGCUGGUCUUUUGUUUUCUGUGGAAGAUUAGGAUUCUGAAGCAUAGUUAUCUGGCUUGUUAAUGAGC